GGAUCUCAAGAUGGCGUCGAGUGGAGGAGAUGGAGAGCCUGAGUGGACCGCAGCCGUACGGCCACUUUUAUCAGCGUCCUACACGGCUUUCGAAACGAAAGAGCUACCUCAGCUCAUAGGAUCCAUCAUAAACAGUGAAUCUGAGAUUCUUCACCAUGACAAACAGUAUGAGCCAUUCUACUCCUCUUUUGUGGCACUAUCUGCACAUUACAUCACCACAGUUUGUGGACAAAUCCCCAGAAAUCAGUUGCUGUCAGUAGCUGCAGCAUGUAAAGUAUUGAUUGAAUUCUCAUUGCUCCGUCUGGAGAAUCCUGAUGAAGCAUGUGCAGUCUCUCAGAAGCACCUGAUCCUCUUAAUAAAAGGCCUUUGUACUGGCUGCAGUCGAUUGGAUCGGACAGAGAUCAUCACCUUUACUGCAAUGAUGAAGUCAGCCAAACUACCCCAAACUGUCAAGACCCUUUCUGAUGUGGAGGACCAGAAGGAGCUUCCCUCCCCUGUUAACCCUGAACUCAGACAAAAAGAAGUCCAAAUGAACUUCUUCAAUCAGCUGACCUCAGUCUUUAACCCUGACAUUACCAUGCUGGCCUCUCCAUCCGCUCACAUGCAGGGUGAGAAUGAGUGUGAUGACCAGACAACAGAUCAGGCAACGCAGGCCAAAAUGAAGAAUGCCUUCAUCUCUCAAAAUGUGUCCAGUUUACAAGAAUUAGGGGGCUCAGAGAAGUUGCUGCGCGUGUGCCUCAACCUUCCCUACUUCUUACGGUAUAUCAACCGCUUCCAGGAUGCGGUAUCCGCCAAUUCUUUCUUCAUCAUGCCGGCCACUGUGGCAGACGCCACCGCUGUCCGAAAUGGUUUUCACUCCCUGGUGAUUGAUGUGACCAUGGCCUUGGACACACUUUCCUUGCCUGUACUGGAGCCUUUGACCCCUGGGAGACUACUUGAUGUGACCGUGUUAGCACUAAGCUGCCUCUAUGCAGGCGUGAGUGUGGCAACUUGCAUGGCCAUACUGCAGGUGGGCAGCGGCUUGCAGCUUCGUUCGGCCUCCACUGGCUCCAAAGAGGAAGACUAUGAAAACGACGCUGCUACCAUCGUGCAGAAAUGCCUGGAAAUCUAUGAGAUGAUUGGACAGGCCAUCAGUAACUCUCGCAGAGCUGGAGGAGAGCAUUAUCAGAACUUUCAGCUCUUGGGUGCCUGGUGCCUGUUGAACAGUCUGUAUUUGAUACUGAACUUGAGCCCCACGGCCCUGGCUGAUAAAGGGAAGGAGAAAGAUCCCCUGGCAGCACUACGGGUCAGAGACAUCGCCACCCGAACCAAGGACGGAGCAGGAUCUCCUAAACUUGGCCCAGGGAAAGGGCACCAAGGUUUUGGGGUUCUGUCAGUCAUUCUGGCCAAUCAUUCAAUCAAGUUGCUCACAUCACUGUUCCAGGACUUGCAAGUGGAGGCUCUUCACAGAGGCUGGGCCAGUGACGGGCCUCCAGCAGAGCUGAACAUCAUGGCUCAGAGCACGUCCAUACAGAGAGUGCAGAGACUCAUUGACUCGGUCCCUCUCACCAAUCUGCUCUUCACGCUGCUCUCCACCUCCUAUAAAAAGGCGUGUGUGCUGCAGCGGCAGAGAAAAGGUUCGGUCAGCAGUGACGCCAGUGCCUCCACUGACUCCAACACUUACUACGAAGAUGACUUCAGCAGCACAGAAGAGGACAGCAGUCAAGAUGAUGAUAGUGAGCCCAUUCUGGGGCUGUGGUUUGAAGAGACUAUUUCUCCCAGUAAAGAGAAGGUGGCACCUCCACCUCCCCCUCCACCCCCACCUCUGGAAACAUCCCCGAGACUCAAGAGCCCCAGCAAACUGAACACGGCAGAGAACGGCAACAUCCUGGCUAGUCGCAAGGACCCGGAGUUGUUUUUGAGUUUGGCCUCAAGCAUACUGAACUUCAUCACCACCUCCAUGCUCAAGUCCAGAAACAAUUUCAUUCGCAACUACCUGAGCGUGUCCCUCACGGAGCAGCACAUGGCCACCCUCGCCAGCAUCAUCAAGGAUGUCGACAAAGAUGUCAAAGGUUCCUCUGAUGAAGAGUUCUCCUCAGCCCUCUAUCACUUUAAUCACUCUCUGGUAACAUCAGACCUGCCCUCUCCAUCCCUACAGAACACUCUUCUGCAGCAAUUGGGUGUUGCCCCGUUCUCAGAGGGUCCCUGGCCCAUGUACAUCCAUCCUCAGUCCCUCUCAGUGCUCUCCAGGUUACUGCUGAUCUGGCAGCAUAAAGCCAGCCAGCAGGGGGAGCCUGAUGUACCAGAAUGCAUGAAGGUCUGGGAAAGGUUUGUGGGCACUUUGAAACAGCACACACUACAGGGAGCAGUGCCUGCUGACGAGGACCUCAAUGUUGAACACCUUCAGCUGCUUCUGCUCAUCUUUCACAACUUCUCUGAAAAGGGCCGCCGCAGCAUCCUCACCCUCUGCAUGCAGACCAUCGCUGAAAUCGCAGCCCACGUGGAUUCUCAGCUUCAGGCUGUACCCCUCAACCUGGCCCGCAUCUUGCUUGUGUUCGACUACCUGCUGCACCAGUACUCAAAAGCUCCCAUGUACUUGUUUGAGCAGGUUCAGUACAAUCUUCUGACACCCCUGUCAUCCAGGGCCAGUUCAGGACAGGAGGGAGGAAAGAGAGGUGCUGUCCCACUUUAUUAUGGUUUCAAAGAGGUAGAAGAGAACUGGGCCAAGCACUGCUCGGCAGAUUCCACAGUGCAGCCGAAAUUCUACUGCGUUCUGUCUCCUGAUGCGUCAGAGGAUGACAGGGGUCGACUUGAUGGCAAGGCCUUCCAAGUGCUGUUCAAUGACGCGGUAAAGUAUGACGACUUAUACUCCUCUCUGAUCUCCCUGCUGGCUGCAGGAUCCAGCUUUGACACAGCAAGACGGCAAGAAAACAAGCCCGUCACUCCAGUAGAAGCAUGUUCCUUGCAGUACUACUUCCUGGUGCUGUGGAAAAUCCUGGGAGUGCUGCCACCCUCAGAGGCCUAUGUUGAGCAGCUUAAGAGCGGCAGCAGUGACCCCAGUGAGAGCGACAUCUUGCACACCCUAAGAUGGUCAUCAAGGUUACGAGUCAGUACCUACGUUAACUGGAUCAAGGAGCACCUAGUGCAACAGGGAAUGAAAGCUGACCACGCCACAUCUCUGAUCGAAGUGGCCUCAGCUAAAUGCAGUGCAGUGAAAUAUGAUGUGGAGCUCGCAGAGGAAUACAUCGCCAGACAGAUUUCGUCAUUUUGCUGCGUGGACCCCAACAGCAUCCUACCUCUUCACCAAGUACCCUCUCUACAAACUAUCUACACAUUGGAUGCUGUGAUAUCCAAAGUGCAAGUGUCUUUAGAUGAGCAUUUCUCCAAAGUAGCUGCUGAUACAGACCCCAACAAAUCCUCCGAGAUCACCAAAAACCUGCUGCCCGCCACGUUGCAGCUCAUUGAUGUCUACACAGCCUUCACCAGGUCAUACCUGCUGAUGAGCCUGCCAGAAGAAGGAGAAAACAAACCCACAGAAGCUAAACUGCAGGGUUAUGCUGCUGUGUUGUCCAUCGGAUCCACACGCUGCAAAGCCAAUUUGCUUGGUCAGACUGUGAUGCAGAAUAUGCCAUCAGCUGUUCAGACAUUGUGUGAAACGUGGAACAACAUUCACACCAAUGAAUUUCCUAACUUUGGCUCAUGGCGGAACGCCUUUGCCAACGACACUAUCCCAUCGGAAAGUUACAUCAGCGCCAUUCAGGCUGCCCACCUGGGGACCCUCAGCAACCAAUCAUUGCCCUUAGCCUCCUCGCUCAAACACAUUCUGCUCUCGUUGGUGCGCCUUACUGGGGACCUCAUUGUCAUACUGAACUUCAUCACCACCUCCAUGCUCAAGUCCAGAAACAAUUUCAUUCGCAACUACCUGAGCGUGUCCCUCACGGAGCAGCACAUGGCCACCCUCGCCAGCAUCAUCAAGGAUGUCGACAAAGAUGUCAAAGGUUCCUCUGAUGAAGAGUUCUCCUCAGCCCUCUAUCACUUUAAUCACUCUCUGGUAACAUCAGACCUGCCCUCUCCAUCCCUACAGAACACUCUUCUGCAGCAAUUGGGUGUUGCCCCGUUCUCAGAGGGUCCCUGGCCCAUGUACAUCCAUCCUCAGUCCCUCUCAGUGCUCUCCAGGUUACUGCUGAUCUGGCAGCAUAAAGCCAGCCAGCAGGGGGAGCCUGAUGUACCAGAAUGCAUGAAGGUCUGGGAAAGGUUUGUGGGCACUUUGAAACAGCACACACUACAGGGAGCAGUGCCUGCUGACGAGGACCUCAAUGUUGAACACCUUCAGCUGCUUCUGCUCAUCUUUCACAACUUCUCUGAAAAGGGCCGCCGCAGCAUCCUCACCCUCUGCAUGCAGACCAUCGCUGAAAUCGCAGCCCACGUGGAUUCUCAGCUUCAGGCUGUACCCCUCAACCUGGCCCGCAUCUUGCUUGUGUUCGACUACCUGCUGCACCAGUACUCAAAAGCUCCCAUGUACUUGUUUGAGCAGGUUCAGUACAAUCUUCUGACACCCCUGUCAUCCAGGGCCAGUUCAGGACAGGAGGGAGGAAAGAGAGGUGCUGUCCCACUUUAUUAUGGUUUCAAAGAGGUAGAAGAGAACUGGGCCAAGCACUGCUCGGCAGAUUCCACAGUGCAGCCGAAAUUCUACUGCGUUCUGUCUCCUGAUGCGUCAGAGGAUGACAGGGGUCGACUUGAUGGCAAGGCCUUCCAAGUGCUGUUCAAUGACGCGGUAAAGUAUGACGACUUAUACUCCUCUCUGAUCUCCCUGCUGGCUGCAGGAUCCAGCUUUGACACAGCAAGACGGCAAGAAAACAAGCCCGUCACUCCAGUAGAAGCAUGUUCCUUGCAGUACUACUUCCUGGUGCUGUGGAAAAUCCUGGGAGUGCUGCCACCCUCAGAGGCCUAUGUUGAGCAGCUUAAGAGCGGCAGCAAUGACCCCAGUGAGAGCGACAUCUUGCUGUUCUUGGCAUUAAAAGCCUUCCAAGUGCUGUUCAAUGACGCGGUAAAGUAUGACGACUUAUACUCCUCUCUGAUCUCCCUGCUGGCUGCAGGAUCCAGCUUUGACACAGCAAGACGGCAAGAAAACAAGCCCGUCACUCCAGUAGAAGCAUGUUCCUUGCAGUACUACUUCCUGGUGCUGUGGAAAAUCCUGGGAGUGCUGCCACCCUCAGAGGCCUAUGUUGAGCAGCUUAAGAGCGGCAGCAGUGACCCCAGUGAGAGCGACAUCUUGCACACCCUAAGAUGGUCAUCAAGGUUACGAGUCAGUACCUACGUUAACUGGAUCAAGGAGCACCUAGUGCAACAGGGAAUGAAAGCUGACCACGCCACAUCUCUGAUCGAAGUGGCCUCAGCUAAAUGCAGUGCAGUGAAAUAUGAUGUGGAGCUCGCAGAGGAAUACAUCGCCAGACAGAUUUCGUCAUUUUGCUGCGUGGACCCCAACAGCAUCCUACCUCUUCACCAAGUACCCUCUCUACAAACUAUCUACACAUUGGAUGCUGUGAUAUCCAAAGUGCAAGUGUCUUUAGAUGAGCAUUUCUCCAAAGUAGCUGCUGAUACAGACCCCAACAAAUCCUCCGAGAUCACCAAAAACCUGCUGCCCGCCACGUUGCAGCUCAUUGAUGUCUACACAGCCUUCACCAGGUCAUACCUGCUGAUGAGCCUGCCAGAAGAAGGAGAAAACAAACCCACAGAAGCUAAACUGCAGGGUUAUGCUGCUGUGUUGUCCAUCGGAUCCACACGCUGCAAAGCCAAUUUGCUUGGUCAGACUGUGAUGCAGAAUAUGCCAUCAGCUGUUCAGACAUUGUGUGAAACAAACCUGACCUUUUCAUCUUUUUCUUUCAGUAAAAAAUACUUGUAUCAAAAGAAUGUUGUGGAAAAAGUUACAGCCAAUGUGUCACAAGGCAAGCAUGCCAGCAUGCUGGAGUGUGCCUGCCACAUCAUUUCCUACCUGGCAGAUGUGAUGAACGCUUUGAGGCAGAGCGGUGGCCAGGGCUCAUCCCAGCUUCUGAUGGAGGGAGAGGAGAAGGCGAUUGAAGUUGACUCUGACUGGGUGGAGGAGCUGGCUGUAGAGGAGGAAGACUCGCAGGCCGAAGAUUCGGAUGAGGAUUCACUCUGCAAUAAGCUAUGCACCUUCACCAUCACACAAAAGGAGUUCAUGAACCAGCACUGGUAUCACUGUCACACCUGUAAGAUGGUGGAUGGGGUAGGUGUGUGCACAGUGUGUGCCAAGGUCUGUCACAAAGACCAUGAGAUCUCCUAUGCCAAAUACGGCUCUUUCUUCUGUGACUGCGGUGCCAAGGAGGAUGGCAGCUGCCAGGCUCUAGUGAAAAGAAGUCCCAGCAGUGGAAUGAGCUCCACCAUGAAGGAGUCCUCGGCGUUCCAGAGCGAGCUGCGCAUGCCGGAGAGCGUCAUCCGUCACCAGAGCUCCUCACCCGCGGACAAGGGAAAAGUCACCAUCUGUGAUGGCAAGAGCAGUGAUCAAGACAAACCUAAGAAGAGCAGCGUGUGUAAAAACAUCGAGGGCUGCAGAGAGGAUCUGCUUAUCCAAGUGGCGAGCUCCUCCACAGCAGCCCUGGUGCUGGAGUUGCUCAUUUUCCUAAUGGACGCCAUUCAGACCAAUUUCCAGCAGGCAUCGGCGGUGGGCAGCAGCAGCCGGGCUCAGCACGCUCUCAAUGAAUUACACACUCAAGACAAGACGGUUGAGAUGACAGAUCAGCUCAUGGUUCCCACACUGGGCUCACAAGAGGGCGCUUUUGAGAAUGUCAGGAUGAACUACAGUGGAGAUCAAGGACAGACCAUCCGUCAGCUCAUCAGUGCCCAUGUGCUGCGUCGGGUGGCCAUGUGUGUGCUGUCGUCCCCUCACGGACGCAGACAACACCUUGCUGUCAGCCAUGAGAAGGGCAAGAUCACAGUUCUGCAGUUGUCUGCGCUGUUGAAGCAGGCUGACUCCAGUAAGAGGAAACUGACUCUGACUCGCCUGGCUUCCGCUCCAGUCCCCUUCACAGUGCUUAGUCUCACAGGAAACCCCUGUAAUGAGGACUAUCUGGCAGUGUGUGGACUCAAGGACUGCCACGUUCUGACAUUCAGCAGCACAGGCUCCGUCUCAGAUCACUUAGUCCUGCAUCCUCAACUUGCCACUGGAAACUUCAUCAUCAAGGCCAUAUGGCUUCCUGGAUCACAGACUGAAUUGGCUAUCAUCACUGCUGAUUUUGUCAAGAUUUAUGACUUAUCUGUGGAUGCCCUGAGCCCCAUGUACUACUUCCUGCUACCAAGUUCAAAGAUCAGAGAUGCCACAUUCCUGUUCAACGAGGAGGGCAAAAACAUCAUCGUGAUCAUGUCCUCAGCGGGCUACAUGUACACUCAGGUGAUGGAUGAGUCCAGCAGUGCCCAGCACGGCCCUUUCUACGUCACCAAUGUUUUGGAGAUCAGCCACGAGGAUCUGAAGGACAUUAAUGGCCAGGUGGCUGGAGGCGGAGUCUCUGUGUAUUACUCCCACGUCCUGCAGAUGCUCUUCUUCAGCUACAGUCAGGGCAAGUCAUUCGCUGCCACAGUGAGCUGCAGCAACAUGGAAACACGGAGACUAUUUACCAUCAAUGUCAAAGGAUCUAAUGGAGGUAGUAAGACGUCUCCAGCUCUCUGUCAGUGGUCAGAAGUCAUGAACCACCCAGGCUUGGUGUGCUGUGUCCAGCAGACCACAGGAAUCCCGCUGGUCAUCAUGGUAAAACCAGACACGUUCCUCAUCCAGGAGAUCAAAACCCUGCCUGCAAAAGCUAAGAUUCAGGACAUGGUUGCAAUCCGUCACACAGCAAGCAACGAGCAGCAGCGCACCACCAUGAUACUGCUGUGUGAAGAUGGCAGUCUCCGUAUAUACAUGGCCAACGUGGAGAACACGUCCUAUUGGCUCCAGCCCUCCCUUCAGCCUAGCAGUGUGAUCAGCAUCAUGAAACCCGUCCGCAAACGCAAGACAGCCACGGCCACCACACGCACAUCCAGCCAAGUUACUUUCCCUGUGGACUUCUUCGAGCACAAUCAGCAGCUGACAGAGGUGGAGUUUGGAGGCAAUGACUUGCUGCAGGUUUACAACGGCCAACAGAUCAAACACCGUCUAAAUUCUACAGGGAUGUAUGUGGCUAACACCAAGCCUGGAGGUUUCACAGUGGAAGUAGUGAACAAUAACAACUCAAUGGUGAUGACAGGAAUGAGGGUGCAGGUGGGCACUCAGGCCAUUGAGCGAGCUCCCUCUUACAUUGAAAUCUUUGGGCGCACCAUGCAGCUCAACCUGACACGUUCCCGCUGGUUUGACUUCCCUUUCACUCGCGAGGAAGCCCUUCAGGCAGACAAGAAGCUCUCCAUUUUCAUUGGUGCUUCAGUCGACCCAGCAGGUGUCACCAUGCUGGACUCCAUUAAGAUUUAUGGCAAAACCAAAGAGCAGUUUGGCUGGCCAGAUGAGCCCCCAGAGGACUUCCCCUCAGCUGCAGUCAACAACGUGUGCAGCCCCAACCUAAACCAGAGUAAUGGCACCGGAGACAGUGACAUCACCAGCCCCAUCACUACAAGCGGCACUGUACUGGAGAGGUUGGUGGUCAGCUCGCUGGAAGCUCUAGAGAGCUGCUUUGCUGUGGGUUCCCCCAAUGAAAAGGAGAAAAAUAAAGCUGCUGCUCUAGAGUUGGCCACUCUCCUCCUGUCCAUCCCCACUCCUGCUGGAGUACAGCAGCAGACCAAAGGCCUUCUGGCUAGCCUGCACACCAGCCGCACAGCCUACCACAACCACAAGGAUCAGUCUCUGCUUAGCAACGCAGUACAGUGUCUGAACAGCUGCAGUAAAGAAGGAAAGGAGCUGGACCCUGAUGUGUUCCAGAGACUGGUGAUCACAGCCCGCUCCAUCGCCAUCAUGAGACCCAACAAUCUUGUGCACUUCACUGAGUCCAGACUUCCUCAGUCAGACACUGAUGUAGGUGAUGAUGGGAAGGAUGGACUGAAACAAGCUGAUACCGAGAGCUGUAGCUUCAUCAUGCAGCUGGUCACUAACUUCUGGAAGCUUCAUGCUCUCAAACCCAAAAAUGCAUUUUUGGCUCCCGCCUGUUUGCCAGGUCUAACUCACAUUGAAGCCACAGUCAAUGCACUGGUUGAUAUCAUCCACGGUUACUGCACCUGUGAGCUGGAUUACAUCAAUGUGGCAUCUAAAAUCUACAUGCAGAUGCUGCUCUGCCCUGACAUCUCUGUGAGCUUUGCUUGCAAACAGGCUCUGAUUAGAGUUUUGAGACCCAGAAACAAAUGCAGGCAUGUGACCUUGCCUUCUCCUCCACGGUCCAACACGCCCAUGGGAGAUAAAGAUGACGACGAUGAUGAUGAUGCUGAUGAGAAGAUGCAGUCCUCCAUCAUGACGGGAGGGGAAAGCGGCAGGCAGGAGAGUCAAGAACAAAGCGAGGUGGACCACGGAGACUUUGAGAUGGUGUCUGAGUCUAUGGUCCUGGAGACGGCUGAGAAUGUGAACAAUGGAAACCCCUCUCCUCUUGAAGCUCUGCUAGCAGGGGCGGAGGGCUUCCCACCCAUGCUGGACAUCCCUCCAGACGCUGAUGAUGAGACCAUGGUGGAGCUGGCUAUAGCGCUCAGUCUGCAACAAGACCAGCAAGGCAGCAGCAGCAGUGCUUUGGGCCUACAGAGUCUGGGCCUAUCUGGUCAGGCCCCAAGCUCCUCAUCACUGGACGCAGGAACCCUUUCAGACACCACUGCAUCAGCCCCAGCCUCGGAUGAUGAGGGGAGCACAGCGGCCACAGAUGGCUCCACGCUGCGCACCUCUCCCGCCGAGCACGGGGGCAGCGUGGGCUCUGAGAGCGGCGGCAGCGCCAUCGACUCUGUUGCAGGAGAACACAAUGUGUCUGGCCGCAGCAGUGCUUAUGGGGACACAACUGUUGAAGGACACCCUGCAGGGCCGGGCAGCGUGAGCUCCAGCACAGGAGCCAUCAGCACCACCACGGCCCAGCAUGAAGGAGACGGAUCAGAGGGCGAAGGAGAGACAGAGGGCGACAUCCACACCAGCAACAGGCUGCACAUGGUGCGUUUGAUGCUCUUAGAGCGUCUCUUGCAGCAUCUGUCCCAGCUCCACACUGUAGGUGGAGUUCAGGCCAUCCCCUACAUGCAGGUCAUCCUCAUGCUGACCACAGAUUUGGAUGGAGAGGACGAGAAAGACAAGGGAGCACUGGAUGACCUUCUGGCCCAGCUCAUCGCCGAGCUCAGCAUGCAUAAGAAGGAUGUUUCAAAGAAGAAUGAACGCAGCUCCAUAAACGAGGUGCACCUGGUCAUCAUGAGGCUCCUCAGUGUCUUUAUGUCCCGCACCAAGUCUGGCUCAAAAUCCUCCUCUGAGUCGUCUUCUCUCAUCUCCAAUGCAACAGCUACCGCUCUGCUCAGCAUGGGAGCGAUAGACUACUGCUUGCAUGUGCUCAAAUCCCUGCUGGAGUUCUGGAAGACUCAGCAGGGCGAGGAGGAGCCAACGGCCACCAGUCAGCUCCUAAAACCCCACACUUCCUCCUCACCCCCAGACAUGAGCCCCUUCUUCCUGCGUCAGUAUGUCAAGGGCCAUGCUGCUGAUGUGUUUGAAGCGUACUCUCAGCUUCUCACCGAGAUGGUUCUCCGACUGCCAUACCAGAUCAAGAAAAUCGCAGACGCCAACCCGCGCAUCCCACCGCCAAUCUUUGAUCACUCCUGGUUCUAUUUCCUGUCAGAGUAUCUGAUGAUCCAGCAGACGCCGUUUGUGAGGCGACAAGUGAGGAAGCUCCUGCUGUUCAUCUGUGGCUCCAAAGAGAAGUACCGUCAGCUCCGAGAUCUCCACACGCUUGACUCCCACGUGCGGGGCAUCAAGAAGCUUCUGGAGGAGCAGGGAAUCUUCCUGAGAGGAGGAAUCGUGACUGCAACAUCUGGCUCUGCUCUACAGUAUGACACACUCAUCAGUUUGAUGGAGCACCUUAAAGCAUGUGCUGAAAUAGCCACUCAGAGAACGAUCAACUGGCAGAAGUUCUGCAUGAAGGAUGACUCGGUGUUGUACUUCCUGCUGCAAGUGAGUUUCCUGGUGGAUGAGGGUGUUUCUCCGGUCCUGCUGCAGCUGCUCUCUUGUGCUUUAUGUGGCAGUAAAGUCCUGGCGGCCUCCUCCUCUGGAGCUUCAGGUGGAGGUUCUGGAGGUUCAUCUCAGCCCUCUCAGAGCAAAUCAUCCAGCAAGAAGAGCAAGAAAGAGGACAAGGAAAAAGACAAAGAAGGAGAUGGAGCUGGCAGUCAGGAAGAUCAGCUGUGUACAGCUCUGGUCAGUCAGCUCAAUAAAUUUGCAGAUAAGGAGACGCUUAUUCAAUUCUUGCGUUGCUUCCUGCUCGAGUCCAACUCUUCAUCUGUGCGCUGGCAAGCCCACUGCCUCACACUGCAUAUCUACAGGAACUCAAACAAAUCCCAGCAGGACUUGCUGCUUGACCUGAUGUGGGCCAUUUGGCCAGAACUACCAGCUUAUGGUCGUAAAGCAGCUCAGUUUGUGGACCUACUUGGAUACUUCUCGCUUAAAACACCUCAGACGGAAAAGAAGCUGAAGGAAUACUCUCAAAAGGCUGUAGAAAUUUUGAGGGCACAGAACCACAUCCUGACCAAUCAUCCCAAUUCAAAUAUAUACAACACCCUCUCUGGACUGGUGGAAUUUGAUGGAUUUUUCCUGGAGAGUGAUCCUUGCUUGGUGUGCAACAAUCCUGAAGUGCCCUUCUCUAACAUCAAACUCUCAUCUAUCAAAGUGGACACACGUUACACCACCACUCAGCAAGUGGUGAAGCUGAUUGGCAGCCACACUAUCAGCAAAGUCACUGUGAAGAUUGGCGAUCUUAAGAGAACCAAGAUGGUUCGCACGAUCAACCUUUACUACAACAACAGGACUGUACAAGCUAUUGUAGAGCUGAAGAACAAACCUGCUCGCUGGCACAAAGCUAAGAAGGUGCAGUUGACCCCUGGCCAAACUGAAGUGAAGAUCGACCUCCCUCUCCCCAUUGUGGCCUCCAACCUGAUGAUCGAAUUCUCUGAUUUCUAUGAGAACUACCAGGCGUCUACGGAGACCCUGCAGUGUCCUCGUUGCAGCGCCUCUGUUCCUGCCAAUCCAGGUGUCUGUGGCAACUGUGGAGAGAAUGUGUAUCAGUGCCACAAGUGCAGAUCCAUUAAUUAUGACGAGAAGGACCCAUUCCUGUGCAAUGCCUGUGGUUUCUGUAAAUAUGCACGCUUUGACUUCAUGCUGUAUGCAAAACCCUGCUGUGCUGUGGAUCCUAUUGAAAACGAAGAAGAUAGGAAAAAGGCUGUUACCAACAUCAACACUCUACUAGACAAAGCUGACCGUGUUUACCACCAGCUCAUGGGUCACAGGCCGCAGCUGGAGAGUCUGCUGUCUAAAGUAAAUGAGGCUGCACCUGAGAAACCACAGGAUGAUACAGGAGCAGGCGCUGGUCUCGGCACCUCCACUGCCAGUGUCAAUCGGUACAUUCAGCAGCUGGCACAGGAAUACAGCGGAGACUGCAAGACUUCAUUCGAUGAGCUCUCCAAAAUCAUCCAGAAAGUGCUUGCAUCGCGUAAGGAGCUGCUGGAGUAUGACCUGCAACAGCGGGAAGCUGCUACCAAAUCAUCCCGCAGCUCCACACAACCCACCUUCACAGCCAGCCAAUAUCGAGCUCUGUCUGUACUGGGAUGUGGGUACACGUCCUCCACCAAGUGCUACGGCUGUGCAUCUGCAGUCACGGGCCACUGCAUCACUCUACUGCGUGCACUGGCAACCAACACUGCCAUCAGGCAGAUCCUGGUACUGCAGGGUCUCAUCCGAGAACUGUUUGAGUACAACCUGCGCCGUGGCACUGGAGCCAUGAGGGAGGAGGUCCGCCAGCUCGUCUGUUUGCUUACCAGAGAUCACCCAGAAGCCACACAGCAGAUGAAUGACCUCAUUAUUGCCAAGGUGUCAGCUGCCCUUAAAGGUCACCGGGCCAACCCUGAUCUGGUCAGUAGUUUGCAGUAUGAAAUGCUGCUUCUUACAGACUCCAUUGCUAAGGAGGGAGGAUGCUGGGAGCUCAGACUUCGCUGUGCACUGAGUCUGUUCUUGAUGGCGGUGAAUAUAAAGACCCCUGUGGUGGUGGAGAACAUUACACUGAUGUGCCUGAGGAUCCUGCAGAAACUCAUCAAACCUCCUUCUCCAACCAGCAAGAAAAACAAGGAUGCUGCCGUCGAAUCCCUGACUACAGUCAAGCCAUACAACAACGAGAUCCACGCACAGGCCCAGCUCUGGCUCAAAAAAGAGCCCAAGGCCUCUUAUGAAGCCUGGAAAAAGUGCCUUCCUGCUAGAUGUCAAGAAACGGUCUCUAAACCUUUGAAUAAGGCUGAGAUCCGGAGGCAGUACCUGAUGGAGAAGUACGUGUGGAAGUGGAAGCAGUUCAUGAGGUCCAGGUCAGAAGGCCUGUUCCCUCGCCUGCUCAAACUGGGUCAUAACAACUGGCUGAGACAGGUGCUCUUCACCCCAGCCACCCAGGCAGCAAGACAGGCGGCUUGCACCAUCGUCGAAGCUCUAACAACAAUCCCCAGCCGCAAACAGCAAGUUCUGGACCUUCUAACAAGUUAUCUGGAUGAGCUGAGCAUUGCUGGAGAGUGUGCUGCAGAGUACCUGGCUUUGUACCAGAAGCUCAUCAAACCUGCUCACUGGAAGGUUUACCUGGCUGCCCGUGGUGUCCUACCAUACAUCGGCAACCUCAUCACCAAGGAAAUUGCUCAUCUACUAGCCCUUGAAGAAGCCACACUGAGCACAGACUUACAGCAGGGAUAUGCCCUCAAGAGCUUGACAGGCUUGCUGUCCUCAUUUGUGGAGGUGGAGUCUAUUAAGCGUCACUUUAAGAGUCGGUUGGUUGGCACUGUCCUUAACGGCUACCUGUGCUUAAGGAAGUUGGUGGUCCAGAGAACCAAACUGAUCGAUGAGACCCAAGACAUGCUGCUGGAGAUGUUGGAGGACAUGACUACAGGGACGGAGUCGGAGACCAAAGCAUUCAUGGCUGUGUGCAUUGAAACUGCAAAGCGGUACAACCUGGAUGAUUAUCGCACACCUGUCUUCAUUUUCGAGAGGUUAUGCAGCAUCAUUUAUCCAGAGGAGAAUGAGGUGACGGAGUUCUUUGUUACACUGGAGAAGGACCCACAGCAGGAGGACUUCCUGCAAGGCCGUAUGCCAGGAAACCCAUACAGCAGUAAUGAACCAGGCAUUGGCCCUCUCAUGAGAGACAUCAAGAACAAAAUCUGCCAGGAUUGUGAUCUUGUGGCACUACUGGAGGACGACAGCGGCAUGGAGCUCCUUGUGAAUAACAAGAUCAUCAGUUUGGAUCUGUCUGUUGCUGAGGUCUAUAAGAAGGUUUGGUGCCCCACCAAUGAGGGUGAGCCAAUGAGGAUCAUCUACAGAAUGAGGGGGCUUCUGGGAGAUGCAACCGAGGAGUUCAUUGAGUCUUUGGACUCAACUACAGAUGAAGAGGAGGAUGAUGAGGAGGUAUAUAAGAUGGCUGGAGUGAUGGCGCAGUGUGGAGGUUUGGAGUGCAUGUUGAACAGGCUCUCUGGAAUCAAAGAUUUCAAACAGGGCAGGCACCUUCUCACAGUUCUCCUCAAGUUAUUUAGUUAUUGUGUGAAAGUGAAAAUCAACAGACAGCAGCUGGUGAAACCAGAGAUGAACACACUGAAUGUUAUGUUGGGCACAUUGAAUCUGGCCUUGGUGGCAGAGCAGGAGAGCAAGGACAGUGGGGGAGCAUCCAUAGCAGAGCAGGUUCUUAGUAUUAUGGAGAUAAUCCUGGAUGAGGCCAAUGCGGAAACUGUGUCUGAAGACAAGGGUAACCUGCUGCUGACGGGUGAUAAGGACCAGCUGGUGAUGCUGCUGGACCAGAUCAACACAUUGUUUGUGCGUUCCAAUCCCAGUGUCCUACAGGGGCUGCUCCGCAUCAUCCCUUACCUGUCCUUCGGUGAACUAGAGAAGAUGCACAUCCUGGUCGAGCGCUUUAAACCCUGCUGCAACUUCGACAAGUAUGAUGAGGAGCACAGUGCAGAUGACAAGGUCUUUCUGGACUGUUUCUGUAAAAUAGCUGCUGGAAUCAAGAAUAAUAGUAAUGGACAUCAACUGAAAGACCUCAUCUUGCAGAAGGGCAUCACCCAGAGUGCUCUGGAUUAUAUGAAAAAACAUAUCCCCUGUGCUAAGAACCUGGAUGCAGACGUUUGGAAGAAGUUCCUUGCUCGACCAGCCCUUCCGUUUGUCCUGAGACUUCUGCGUGGUCUGGCCACCCAGCACCCCCCUACACAGAUGCUAAUCGGAACAGAUUCAAUAACCAAUUUACACAAGCUGGAGCAGGUGUCCAGUGACGAGGGUAUCGGCACUUUAGCAGAGAAUCUUCUGGAGGCACUAAGGGAACUCACAGAGGUUAAUGUGAAGAUCGACGCUGCCCGAAGGGAGACUCGAGCGGAGAAGAAACGCAUGGCCAUGGCGAUGAGGCAGAAAGCUCUCGGCACACUGGGAAUGACAACCAAUGAGAAGGGCCAGGUGGUGACCAAGACGACCCUGCUUAAACAGAUGGAGGAACUCAUAGAAGAACCUGGGUUGACUUGCUGCAUUUGUAGAGAGGGCUACAAGUUCCAGCCAACCAAAGUUCUGGGCAUCUACACAUUUACAAAGCGUGUGCCCCUAGAGGAGUUUGAGAACAAACCCCGCAAGCAGCAGGGCUACAGCACUGUCUCACACUUUAACAUAGUCCACUAUGACUGUCAUCUUGCUGCUGUCAGGCUUGCCAGAGGGCGUGAGGAAUGGGACAGUGCUGCACUACAAAAUGCCAACACAAAGUGCAAUGGUCUCCUACCAGUGUGGGGGCCUCACGUACCAGAAUCUGCCUUCGCCACCUGCCUGGCAAGGCACAACACAUAUCUGCAAGAGUGCACAGGGCAAAGGGAACCCACGUACCAGCUCAACAUUCACGAUACCAAGCUGCUGUUCCUGCGCUUUGCUAUGGAGCAGUCCUUCAGCGUGGACACAGGUGGAGGAGGCCGCGAGAGCAACAUCCACCUCAUCCCUUACAUCAUUCACACCAUUCUCUACGUCCUCAACACAACAAGGGCCACAUCACGGGAGGAGAAGAAUCUUCAGAGCUUCUUAGAGCAGCCUUGUGAAAAGUGGGUGGAGACUUCGUACGAGGUGGAUGGGCCGCACUACUUCACCAUAUUGGCCAUGCACAUCCUGCCACCCGAGCGCUGGAGAACUACACGUCUCGACUUCCUUCGUAGGCUGCUGGUCACUUCACAUGCCCGCAAGGUUUCACCAGGGGGUGCUAACAAGCUCACAGACAAAGCCGUGAAGGAGUAUGCCGUUUACCGCUCACCGCUUCUCUUCUGGGGUCUGGUGGAUCUUGUCUAUGAUAUGUUCAGGAAAGUGCCCACCAGCAACACAGAGGGAGGCUGGUCCUUCUCGCUCGCAGAGUACAUAAGGCACAAUGACAUGCCCAUCUAUGAGGCUUCAGAAAGGAUUUUGAGGGCUUUCCAGGAUGAGCUCAUGCCUGCUGAAUCCUUCUCUGAGUUCCUGGAUGUCGUAGGUCUUCUGUCAGACAUCCCAGACCCUGACACCUUCCUGCAGGACCUGUUGAACUCUGUGCCCUGAUGGCACACUUUAUGCACCUCACUUAUGGACUCGUGAGCUCUCUGUCCAGUGCAGGUGUUCCUUAAACACGGAGUCUGUCUGUUACCCGGACACCGCUAUUCGCAACUCCAUAAGGACACCUUUCAAUCGGGGCCCAGGCUCCCAAAACUUCUAUCAGCUCGCAUACACACUCAUUCACCUCCACUUCUGCUCCUGAUCUCUGCGUGGGUUCAUUCAGUUAUAACUCUCUCCUAAACAAGAAAGUGACGUAUAGCCUGACGAGUUAAUGCGCAUUUACUCUACAGUGGUUUUAUAACACCUAAUACACACAAACACACCAUGCUGUUUUGAUCAGACAUGUUGCAGGUAAUUUGAUUUGGAAUUAUUUCAUAAAUAACCCUGAUGGCUUUUAUUUUCCCCGGUGUUU